UGAAACUACCGAACUUUGAGGUGCUUCCGUUUACACGUUCGGCGUAUCGCCAUGGCCGCCAAGCUGUACGCUACAGCUUCUGUUUUUCUUUGCUUCCUGUGUGUGUCUGUCUCUGCUGAUAAAGAGGAAAAGGUGGAGGAAUUCUUUAAGAGUGGGCAUACUAACAACUGGGCAGUGCUGGUUGAUACAUCAAGAUUCUGGUUUAACUAUCGUCAUGUUGCCAAUGUGCUGUCAAUUUACCGCAGUGUCAAACGUCUUGGUAUACCAGACAGCCACAUCAUUCUGAUGAUAGCAGAUGACAUGGCAUGUAAUCCUCGUAAUCCACGACCAGCUACUGUCUUCAACAAUGCUAAUCAGCAGAUCAAUGUCUAUGGAGAUGAUGUUGAAGUUGAUUACCGAGGAUAUGAGGUGACAGUUGAAAACUUCAUUCGAGUUCUUACAGGUCGCCUGCCCCCCAGCACCCCACGCUCAAAACGCCUCCUGUCGGAUGAGCGAAGCAACAUACUUGUGUAUAUGACAGGACAUGGAGGGGACGGCUUUCUCAAGUUCCAGGAUGCAGAAGAAGUAUCAAACGUAGAGCUUGCAGAUGCAUUUGAGCAGAUGUGGGAAAAGGGAAGGUACCAUGAGUUGCUGUUCAUGAUUGAUACAUGUCAAGCAGAGUCUAUGCACCAAAAGUUCUAUUCUCCAAAUAUCUUGGCUGUUGCCAGUAGUCGUGUAGGCGAAGAUUCCUUGUCGCACCAUGUUGACCCAGCACUUGGGGUGUACGUUAUAGACCGCUACACAUAUCAUGCCUUGGAGUUUCUGGAAGGUGUUAAGCCAGGCAGCAAGAAAACCGUGGGUCAAUUUCUAAAAGUUUGCCCACGUCAUCAGUGCAUAUCAACUGUAAGUGUACGCAAAGACCUAUUCCAAAGGGACCCUGAGAAGGUACUGUUAACAGACUUUUUUGGGAGUGUACGUAACGUGGAGCUGACCACAAAUACCAUUCAUCUUCACAAUUUGACCCUGUCAGAGAACACACAUCAUUGCAGCAAAAAUACCUGUAGUAAACUGCGGUCACAGGGAAGAACACUGGGGUACGCUGAUCAGUUUCCGCUACCACUUUAACACCAAGAUUAUGUACUCCCCUUUAUUCCAUCAUAAUAUUUCUUUCAUUCAUUGUGAAACUAAAUGAUGUAUGUUGGUGCUGUGUGGCGUGUACCUGUAGCAGAUCUGCUGUCCUACCUCCAACACUCAGUUGCAGCACUCCUACUGAAAAUGCUGUUAUCUUAACAUUUUCUGAACUGUAAUGGCACAAACAUUAAUUUUCAGUCCAUUGUCAAAAAUGGCAUAAUACCUGUAAAAUAAUGAGCUCAAUUUUCACAGAACCCGGGUUCUCCUUAAAACUUGAAAGUUAAGAAAGAAAACCUGAAUAACUAGAAUUUUAUGAUGCAAACGCAGCUAGAAUACUCUCUGUGUAAUUGCCAAGAAAGCAAUCAGAUGUGGUAAGGCCAUCAGCGUUUCAGUCUUUGAUCAUUCAUUCUUGAUCAAAAUGCACUUCAAAAGGUGCAAAUCACACAGAUAUGAAUAUUGUCCAUCGUCUAGAAAUUAUUAUGUAACAUUUGAUCUAGAUCAGCUUAUUCUGAGACUGUAUAUUGAACACAUUUGUGUUGUGUAUACACUAUUUUAGAUAUACAGUAGAUUUUUUACUCUGCCAACAUUUGUGACAUGAAUUUCAUGCAUUUGCACCAGUUUUAUGUGACAGUGUAAAAUCCAUAUCUUCAUUCCUUCAACUCACACAAACAUCCUUUUUGCUAAUUUAAAAAAAAGUACUGCCAAAAAUAUAACGCAGUUCUGAUUAUAACUAUUCUUUUUAAAAUCAUGUUUGUGUAGUAAUAAAUCAACUUCUUUGUGUGCAUGCUUGCAGACAUGUACCAGAGAAAGCUUAGAAAUGUUUUAUUGUUGGUAAAUCUUCAUUACAAAAUGUAUGAUGUGUAAAAAAAAAAAUUGGAAUUUUUUGCAUUACUGACAGAUUUUUAAGUGAAAAAGUUUUGUACCCAUGCUGUCAUUUUUAGAAUAAGCAAUAAUUAUAAUUGAUUUAUAUAGUGCAUCUUCUUCAGGCUAUAUAUACUUUAGAAAAUAGAAAAUACCACCUUUGUGAAAUAUAAUCUAGAAAAUAUGAUUGUAUUUCCAUUUUAUUCCCAUUAAUCAGUCUUUCAGGACACAGGAAAUUUAU